CGAGAUCACGAGGAACAAAGGACCGCCUGUAACUCCGCUCCGCGAGAGGAUGAUAAUGGUAGGAGCUGUAAAGUGGGUAGAUGAUGUCAUUCCAGAUGCACCAUAUGCUAUCACUAAAGACUUCAUGUACAAGUUAUUUAAUGAGUAUGAUAUAGAUUACAUAAUCCAUGGGGACGACCCGUGCCUACUUCCGGAUGGCACUGAUGCAUAUGCUCUUGCCAAGAAGGCAGGUCGCUAUAAGCAGAUCAAGAGAACGGAAGGGGUGUCAAGCACAGACAUAGUUGGUCGCAUGCUUCUUUGUGUGAGGGAGAGGUCACUUGGUGACAGUCAUAGUCAUUCUUCAUUACAAAGACAAUUUAGCCAUGGGCAUGGCAGUCCGAGAGCCUCAAAAGUUGAGGAUGGUUGGUCUGGCGGGGGAACUCGUGUGUCUCAUUUUUUGCCUACAUCUCGAAGGAUUGUGCAAUUCUCAAAUGGGAAGGGGCCAGGUCCAGAUUCUCGCAUAGUUUACAUCGAUGGUGCAUUUGAUCUGUUCCAUGCUGGGCAUGUAGAGAUAUUGAGACUUGCUCGGGAACUAGGAGAUUUUCUACUUGUGGGAAUUCACACUGAUCAAACUGUAAGUUCUACUAGAGGAGCGCAUCGACCAAUCAUGAAUCUUCAUGAGAGAAGCUUGAGUGUUUUAGCUUGCCGUUACGUUGAUGAGGUGAUCAUUGGUGCCCCAUGGGUGGUUUCAAAAGACAUGAUUACAACAUUUAACAUCUCAUGGGUGGUGCGUGGAACUGUUACUGAAAACAGGGAUUUUCUGAAGGAGAAAUCCGAUCCAUAUGAAGUUCCAAUGGAAAUGGGUAUAUUCAGACAGCUGGAAAGUCCUCUUGACAUCACAACUAGCACAAUUAUCAAGAGAAUUGUUGCAAACCAUGAAGCAUAUCAGAAAAGAAAUGAAAAGAAGGAAGCAAGUGAAAGGAAGUAUUAUGAAGGAAAAACAUUUGUGUCUGGAGAUUGAUUCGAAGGAAGCUGAAGUAGGUAUACCCAUUGAGGAUGUCAUACUUCUAACAUUCACGGGAAAUGUGCUUUUUCCAGCUUCAGUGGAGGAUCCAAGUUUUGCAUUAGUAUAUCAAAUUGUAUAGGCGGACCUAGAAGGUCUAUAUUAUCAAUAGCUGAUGACAGCUAAGUAUAUGGAAUCUAAUGAUUUUUCUCUCUUUUUUCCCCUUCUUAUUCUCUGCUUUCCGUUUAACAUUUACUGGCCAUUUCUACCUCACCAGAUUUUCUGUUAUAUUCUUGAUUGUCUGACCUUCACAUUUUUUUCCUUCUGGACGUGAGGAGGUAUAUAGUUGCAUGUUAUGGAAUGAGAAUCCAGAUGUUUGAUAUAAGUUACCAGGCACUUUUGUUGUCUGGCACGAUAAUAAUUUUACGUUGUCAUGUAUUUAUAUACACAUAUUGAUUGUUGCAUGUCACAA